GCCUCUCGACUAGCCGCUGCGUUGCACUCCAGUAUCGGUCAGGCCUCGUUUAACUUCCCCUUCCCCUUCUCCUUUGCCUGCUCCCAGGCUUCCUGCUGCAUUUUCCUUUUGGCUGCCGCUUUAAGUCUCUGUCUUUGCCUUUUCCACAUUCCCUUCUUCUUCUUCUUCGCCCCGCCCCCUCCCCUCCCGCAGAUAUAACCAUUGAGCCUCUUUCCACCCCUGCGGUUAAAGGCCUCUCGGUCACCCACCUCUUAUCUCUUUCUUAGCUGUACGCGAGGGUUGUGUCGGCAGACUUGUUAAAAUAGAGGGAAAAAGGCAAAAUAAAUAAACAACUGGCGGAUGGUGUUUGAUUGAGGCCGUUGUUUAUCGCAGACUCCGCUAUCGUUGCCUACUAACUGUGUCGGUCAUCGCCUAAUGCCUGCUUCGUACUUAAUCUCCCAAAGUUUCCCCCUCCGAUGGCCUUUUUACUGAAUCAGCCAACAGAAAAUUGAUAAAGAAGUCGAUCCAGCUGUGAGCAUUGUAAGUGGAAAGCAAGGAACAAUAAGAGCAAUUGAUAAGGCGGGGAGGAAGAAGAGAGAGGGAGUGAGAGAGAGAGAGAGUUGCUCUCCUCCCCUGUCCACUACUCUCACGGCCUGAGUAGGUAGGGAGAGGGGAGAGAAGGGAGGAGGUCGGAUCGCUCGGGUGAUUGUUCCGCCCCCAAAGGAGCGGAAAUAGUUGAGUUGUCCGGUCGGGCUGGGCGUACCAGCACUGGACCACCGUUGGAUCUAAUUAGAUAAGAUCAUCACCAGCGAACAGUGAAUGGAGGCGAGCGCUGGUUUGGUCGCCGGUUCUCACAACCGGAAUGAGCUUGUGGUCAUCCGCCGCGACGGAGAGUCAGGGCCGAAGCCAUUGCAGCAGCUGAGCGGCCAAAUCUGCCAGAUCUGCGGCGACGACGUCGGCCUCACCGUCGACGGGGAUCUCUUUGUGGCUUGCAAUGAAUGCGCCUUCCCCGUUUGCAGGACUUGCUAUGAGUACGAGCGGCGAGAGGGAAACCAGGUUUGCCCCCAGUGCAAGACCCGGUUCAAACGGCUCAAGGGGUGCCCUCGUGUGGCUGGCGACGACGAAGAGGAUGACGUCGAUGAUCUCGAGAACGAGUUCAACUUCGUCCCGGGAGAGAAGCAGGACUCGCAGUACAUGGCCGAGGCCAUGCUGCAGGGCCACAUGAGCUAUGGCCGGCGUGGUGACUUGAACACGCCUUAUGUUGUUCAUACAAUGCCUCAAGUCCCUCUUCUCACCAAUGGCGAGAUGGUCGAUGACAUUCCUCCAGAACAGCAUGCACUCGUCCCUUCUUUUGUGGGUGGGGGAGGAAAAAGAAUUCACCCACUUCCAUUUUCAGAUCCCAGUCUUCCAGUGCAACCUAGAUCCAUGGAUCCUUCUAAGGAUCUUGCUGCUUAUGGAUAUGGAAGUGUGGCCUGGAAGGAGAGAAUGGAGAAUUGGAAGCAGAAGCAAGAGAAAACGCAUAUGACUAGGAGUGAUGGUGGCGGUAGAGAUUGGAAUAAUGAUGGUGAUGAAUCAGAUUUACCAUUAAUGGAUGAAGCAAGACAACCAUUGUCGAGAAAGUUGCCAGUACCUUCUAGCCAAAUAAACCCAUACAGGAUGAUCAUCAUAAUUCGUCUCGUGGUUGUUGGGUUCUUCUUUCAUUUUCGAAUCACAAACCCUGCAUCUGAUGCAUAUCCUCUGUGGCUCAUAUCUGUCAUCUGCGAAAUCUGGUUUGCUAUUUCAUGGAUUCUUGAUCAGUUUCCCAAGUGGCUUCCGAUUGAAAGGGAAACAUAUCUUGACAGAUUGUCAUUAAGGUAUGAAAAGGAGGGGAAACCUUCUCAACUAUCUCCAGUUGAUAUAUUUGUGAGUACAGUUGAUCCAAUGAAGGAACCUCCUUUGGUCACUGCAAACACUGUCCUCUCAAUCCUUGCAGUAGAUUACCCUGUUGAAAAAGUAUCUUGCUAUGUUUCUGAUGAUGGUGCUGCUAUGUUGACAUUUGAAGCAUUAUCAGAAACAUCUGAAUUUGCAAAGAAAUGGGUUCCUUUUUGUAAGAAAUUCAAUGUCGAGCCCCGUGCCCCAGAAUGGUAUCUUCAGCAAAAGAUAGAUUAUCUGAAGGAAAAGGUCCAUCCUUCAUUUGUUAAAGAACGGAGAGCAAUAAAGAGAGAAUAUGAGGAAUUCAAGGUGCGAAUAAACGCCCUGGUUGCAAAAGCACAAAAAGUCCCAGAAGAAGGGUGGACAAUGCAGGAUGGAACUCCAUGGCCUGGAAAUAAUGUCCGUGACCAUCCAGGCAUGAUUCAGGUCUUUUUGGGGCAAAGUGGUGGGCAUGAUGUGGAAGGGAAUAAACUGCCACGUUUGGUUUAUGUCUCUAGAGAAAAGAGGCCAGGUUUUAAUCAUCACAAAAAGGCUGGUGCUAUGAAUGCUUUGGUUAGAGUCUCUGCUGUACUUACAAAUGCACCUUAUCUGUUGAACUUGGAUUGUGACCAUUACUUUAACAAUAGUAAGGCAAUACGAGAGGCAAUGUGCUUCAUGAUGGACCCACAAGUAGGAAAGAAAGUUUGCUAUGUGCAAUUCCCUCAGAGGUUCGAUGGUAUUGAUCGACAUGAUCGCUAUGCUAAUCGGAACAUAGUGUUUUUUGAUAUCAAUAUGAAAGGUUUAGAUGGGAUUCAAGGGCCUAUUUAUGUGGGCACUGGAUGUGUAUUCAGAAGACAGGCACUCUAUGGAUUUGAUGCUCCAAAAUCCAAGAAGCCACCAACUAGGACUUGCAAUUGCUGGCCUAGUUGGUGCUGCUGUGGAUGCUGUUGUUCUAGCAGGAAAAAGAAGAAAGCAGCAAAAGCUAAACAGGAUAAGAAUAAGAUUGGUUCCAGGAAAGGCGAUACUGGAGCACCGGUAUUUGCACUGGAGGGUAUUGAAGAGGGCAUUAAAGGAAAUGAGAUUGAAAGGAUAAAUAUGACAUCUCAGCAGAAGUUAGAAAAGAAAUUUGGGCAGUCUCCUGUUUUUGUGGCAUCUACUCUCCUUGAGAAUGGUGGAACAUUAAAAGAAGCUAGUCCUGCCUCUUUAUUGAAGGAAGCGAUCCAUGUUAUUAGUUGUGGCUAUGAAGAUAAGACUGACUGGGGAAAAGAGAUUGGGUGGAUCUAUGGUUCAGUGACAGAAGAUAUAUUGACAGGUUUCAAAAUGCACUGCCAUGGGUGGAGGUCUAUAUACUGUAUACCAGCAAGGCCUGCAUUCAAAGGUUCUGCACCUCUCAAUCUAUCAGAUCGUCUUCACCAGGUCCUUAGGUGGGCUCUUGGGUCUGUGGAGAUUUUCUUGAGCAAACAUUGUCCUCUCUGGUAUGGAUAUGGAGGUGGUCUUAAAUGGUUGGAGCGGCUAUCGUACAUCAAUGCUACCAUAUAUCCUUGGACAUCAAUUCCUCUUUUGGCUUACUGUACCUUGCCUGCUGUUUGCUUGCUCACUGGGAAAUUCAUCACCCCUGAGCUUAGCAAUGUAGCAAGUCUUUGGUUCCUGUCACUCUUCAUUUGUAUCUUUGCAACAAGUAUCCUGGAAAUGAGAUGGAGUGGUGUUGCCAUUGAUGACUGGUGGAGAAACGAGCAGUUUUGGGUUAUUGGCGGUGUUUCCUCGCAUCUCUUUGCUGUGUUUCAGGGGCUCUUAAAGGUCCUUGCUGGUAUAGACACCAAUUUCACUGUGACAACAAAGGCUGGUGAUGAUGAAGAAUUCUCUGAGUUGUACACAUUCAAGUGGACCACUUUGCUUAUCCCUCCGACAACUCUGCUUAUCGUAAACUUCAUUGGUGUGGUAGCCGGUGUAUCCAAUGCAAUAAACAACGGAUAUGAAUCAUGGGGACCUCUGUUCGGCAAACUCUUUUUCUCCUUCUGGGUGAUUGUUCACCUGUAUCCCUUCCUCAAAGGUCUUGUUGGUCGGCAGAACCGGACACCUACCAUUGUCAUUGUCUGGUCCAUUCUUCUCGCAUCAAUUUUCUCUCUGCUUUGGGUACGGAUCGAUCCAUUCCUACCAAAAUCAGAUGGCCCUCUUCUGGAAGAGUGUGGAUUAGACUGCAACUAAGAACCAGUCAGUACUUAAGGCUCGUGAUUGUGUUAUAUUUGUUUCCAUCGGCACAGGCAAGAAGAUACAUGACCUUUGAAGUUUCCAUAGCACAUGACGAAUCAAUUGUGGAUAGAAAUUGUGUUUCAUUUUUUUUUUCUUUAUAUGGUACUCCAUGUAAACCGGUAGGUUGGUAUAGCCAUGUGUAGUUUGUUUGUGCAACAUAAGUAGUUUCAGUUUAGUUCUUAUUAGUUGGACGAAAUGGUGAAGGAUUGAUGUUGUUCAUAUAUUGUUGCAGUUGAUCUCUAUAUCGAUUCAUGGUAAUAAGGCAAGGGUUGCCUGUUAUGUUGAACAGGAAGAAGGUUCAUCGGAUAUUCUACUAGUUUAUUCUAGUUUUCUUUUUCUUGUA